AUGCCCGGGGCCGCUGGAUUCAUGUUCGUCUUCGCAACGAUGGAAGUGGUGUUAACAGUUCGGUUUGGCCUCCAGACGGUUGAAUCAACAGCAGGAGACUUGGCGCCAGAGCAGCUGGCUAAGAUCAAAGCUACUCAAGAGAUAACGAAUGUAUUGAGGCCGUCGUGUUAUUUGGGACAGACUAUCGUUGGAGACGCCAUUCUGCUCUACAGACUAUGGGUUGUAUACAACAGCAAUUGGAGAAUAGCAAUCUUCCCGACAACUAUGUGGCUAGCAUUUAUAGUCUGUGGUAUCAUGACCAUAUGCGGCCAAGCAAUCGCUCGAAACUGCCCAACCGCGUGGAUCGUCGGACAACUCUUUAAUAUUGGCGUGACACUACUGAGCUUGACAUUGAUCAUGAACGUCCUCACCACCGGCCUUAUUGCCUACAGGAUAUGGACAGUCUAUCAGAAAACAUCGAGAAACGCAUCCCUCAGUCUAUUCAAAGUCGAUCAUCCGACGCCCUUGGGCAGGAUACUGAUAGUUUUCAUCCAAUCCGGUCUCUUGUACACCACAUCAGUCGUCGUGUUCUUCGUCCUGUUCGUGGCAAAUCAUCCGGCUCAGGUCGUCAUGCUAAACGCAAUCGUCCAAAUAAUUGGUAUCACCUUCAACAUUCUCAUCAUGAACACCGACUCGUCAGUUUCAGACGGAUGUUCGUCAACCACUGGAACUCGUUGGUCCAGACACCAAAUCCAAUUCCGUCAUCCAACCACCGAGGCAAGCAUUAUCAGUCUGAGUCUACGGGAGGACGCCUAUCGAAAUUCAGACUUGAUGGAACGAGGAGAGAAGGGUUCUGUUACGACAAUGCACAUGGACUCGUCUAUGUCUUUUAACAACGAAAAUCUGGCAAUCCGAUGGGAUUCGCCGACCCUGUGA